UUCUCUUCACUGAUAUUUCAUGAGGGGAAGUGCUUCAGAAACUACAACUAGAGAACAUGUGGGUUGAGUCUCAGGAAGACUGUCUCCUGCACGGACUGCAAUUGAAUCGUUCCAGACAUGAGCACCCAAGCAAAGUACUUGUAGAAGAGAGAAAGAAAAUUACAUCGGAAUCCAUGCAGCCUGCAAUGAUGAUGUUUUCCAGUAAAUACUGGGCAAGGAGAGGGUUGUCUCUGGAUUCAGCAGUGCCAGAAGAACAUCAGCUACUUGGCAACUUAACACUCAACAAAGCUACUUCUGGCAAAAGUGAUGACAAGAAAGGCAGCAAGGGAAGCAACAAAAGCGAAAGCACUACUGAAAGUGGCAAGACAGCGGUGGUCUUCUCCUUGAAAAAUGAAGUUGGCGGAUUGGUGAGAGCUCUGAGGCUCUUCCAGGAAAAACAUGUCAACAUGGUUCAUAUCGAAUCCAGAAAAUCCCGGCGAAGAAGUUCUGAGGUUGAAAUCUUUGUAGACUGUGAGUGUGGCAAAACAGAAUUCAAUGAGCUCAUUCAGUUGCUGAAAUUUCAAACCACAAUUGUGACACUGAAUCCACCGGAGAACAUUUGGACCGAGGAAGAAGAGCUAGAGGAUGUUCCCUGGUUCCCUCGGAAGAUCUCUGAGUUAGACAAAUGCUCUCACAGAGUUCUCAUGUAUGGCUCUGAGCUUGAUGCCGAUCACCCAGGAUUUAAGGACAAUGUCUAUCGACAGAGAAGAAAAUAUUUUGUGGAUGUGGCCAUGGGUUAUAAAUAUGGUCAGCCCAUUCCCAGGGUGGAGUACACUGAAGAAGAAACCAGAACUUGGGGCAUUGUCUUCCGAGAGCUCUCCAAACUCUACCCCACUCAUGCUUGCCGGGAGUAUUUGAAAAACUUCCCUCUGCUGAGUAAAUACUGUGGCUACCGGGAGGACAACGUGCCUCAGCUUGAAGACGUCUCUACGUUUCUGAAAGAAAGGUCUGGCUUCACUGUGAGGCCGGUGGCCGGAUACCUGAGCCCUCGCGACUUUCUCGCAGGACUGGCCUACAGAGUGUUCCACUGUACUCAGUAUGUCCGGCAUGGCUCGGACCCCCUCUACACCCCGGAACCAGACACAUGCCAUGAACUUUUGGGACACGUCCCCCUACUGGCGGAUCCUAAAUUUGCUCAAUUUUCACAAGAAAUAGGACUGGCGUCUCUGGGAGCAUCAGAUGAAGAUGUUCAGAAACUGGCCACGUGCUAUUUCUUUACAAUCGAGUUUGGUCUUUGCAAGCAAGAAGGACAGCUGCGAGCAUAUGGAGCAGGACUACUUUCCUCCAUUGGAGAGUUAAAGCACGCUCUCUCUGACAAGGCGUGUGUGAAAGCCUUUGACCCAAAGACGACUUGCUUACAGGAAUGCCUUAUCACCACCUUCCAGGAAGCCUACUUUGUUUCAGAAAGUUUUGAAGAAGCCAAAGAAAAGAUGAGGGACUUUGCAAAGUCAAUUACCCGUCCCUUCUCAGUGUACUUCAAUCCCUACACACAGAGUAUUGAAAUUCUGAAAGACACCAGAAGUAUUGAAAAUGUGGUGCAGGACCUCCGCAGUGAUUUGAACACAGUGUGUGAUGCCUUAAACAAAAUGAACCAAUAUCUGGGGAUUUGAUGUCUCAUACCACUGUUGUUGCCCGCAUGAUCUUUUUGGAGCUUAGCAGCAAAUUCAGUGAACGUCAUAUUACACCAAUAGUGUUCUGUGUCAUGGCUCGACUAGUAAGCAUGCAAUUCUGUAUACCUAUACCACUUGAAAUUUACUGUGUUAGUGUGUGAACACCACAAGGAACCCCACCACAGAUAACCACUCAUUGUAUGAAAGUUUGUAAAUGUUUCAAUGUCUUAAAUGGAUGUGAUAUUCUUGCAUAGUGCCCUUAACCAAACUGCAACUCUUUCAAACCUGUAACAAAUGGUCCUCUUAUGAUUCUAGCUUAUGACCUUUUCUUUCUUGGAUCUGAGCCUUUCCUCUGUAUUCAUUAGAUAAAAUGGAAAUAGCAAUGAAGCUGUUUCUAUUUUUAAUAGUAUUAGUGUUUUCACAGCAUUAUUUGAGAUAAACGCAGACUUGUAGGAAACCUUCCUUCACAUUUACAGAAGACUCAGCAUUCUGCUUCAAAAACCAUCGUGGUAACACUAUAGUUGGAAUGACUUUUAGGUUCAGUAUUUAUACGAUACAAGAAAACAGAAGUUUUUACGAAUGGGAUGUGUAGGUUGCAUUGACCUUGUAAAAACUGAAUUUUGGCAGGCUUCUUUAAGCAUUUUGAAAGAUAAUGCUUCCAGAGAGAAUGUUAGAAGGACUAAACAUUGGAGAAUAAAUACUGGGACUCUGAAUUUUAA